UUACAAAGAAGAAAUCAGAACACAUCUCAUAGUAACAAUACUUUGGAGUUAAAAGUACACUGUGUACUUAAAAGUUUGAUGCUGAACCAAUAGGUAAAAAAAAAUUGUCUUUUAAAGAUACAAUCCUGUUCCAUACAGUGUUCAGCAAACAUUGGAUAUCAGAAAUUAACAGUACAACUUUAAAUAAUAUUUAGAAAUAUUUAGAAAGGCAGUAUUAAAGUACCCUUGGGGUCUCUUUCUAGGCAGCACUAGAUCAUGCCAUGAACCUGAAGGGUAUAUUUUGAAAUAGUUUUAACAAAGGUUUUGUGUGCCUAGAUUUGUUAUAUUUUUUGGACAGGGUUAGAUUAGUUUUUCACUCUCUGUCACCAUUUCUUUAUUGCAAUCCUUACAGCUGUGCGAGUUUGGAUCCUGUAUUGUCAGUUUAUGAUGGACAUUAUGGAAGGUGAAGACAGCCUCCAGGGUGUGAGAUCAACAUUUGAAAAAGCUAUCAUUGCUGCUGGGCUGCAUGUAACAGAGGGGUCAUCAAUAUGGGAAGGUUAUAGGGAGUUUGAGACAGACAUUUUGGAAUCCCUUGAGCAAAUGGUGACAGAGGAAAACAAAGAGACCAUGACGGAGAAAAUUUCCUCUCAAAAGGAAAGAGUGAUGUCACUCUUUAAAAGACAACUAGCUGUUCCUCUUCUAGGUAUGCAGGCAACUUUGAGGGAGUUUGAAGACUGGCUAGAGGACUCCGUUCCUGAUGCUGUAAUGAUAGCUUAUGAAAAGGCCUUAGCAAAACUAGAAGAAUGCCUGCCAUUUGAGGAUACACUGGGCUCAGCACAGCCUCCUAAGACUGCUGAAUUUAAAUCAUACCUGGAAUAUGAACUGAAGAAAGGUGAUCCUGCCAGAAUUCAGUGUUUGUAUGAAAGGGCCAUGAAGGAAAACUGUCUUGUGGGAGACAUGUGGACUGAGUAUACCUCUUAUUUAGAUUCCACCCUUAAGAUAACAUCAGUGGUUCUUCCAGUCCAUGAACGAGCUGUAAGAAACUGUCCCUGGGUGUCUCUUCUCUGGCAGAAUUACCUCAGAGCACUGGAACGUAACAAUCAGGAUAAUAAUAAAGUUAAAGAAACUCUCGACACUGCCCUGGGGUGUGGAUUCACUGUCAGUGAUGAUUAUCUUCAGUUGUGGCACUGUUAUUGUGAUUACAUGAGAAGACGAGUUGAUGACUGGAGUGAAGAUAGCCAACAGGUGAAAGACCUCAGAGAGACUUAUAAAACUGCAACAGAAUAUUUACAAAACUAUUUUGGCAAUGAUGGGGAUCCCACCAAUCUUCUGAAGAGAUCCUGGGCAAGGGUUGAGGCAUUUCACACAAAUAAUAUAUCAGAAUGUCAGAGACUUUGGGACAAUGUGAUACUGUCCAAUCACGGACGAGAGGCCGAGUACUGGCUUGAGUAUGCCAACAUAUUAAGGUCAGAGUGUUAUUGCUGAUUCUAAAGUGAUCAAGAAUUUAUAGCUGUCAUUUCUUCUCGUCGCUGAUACUGUCAAUGCCCAUUGCCUUGAGAGUAAAACGCUUGUUGUUAUCAGAGCAUAUUAGCCCAACUUUGUACCCCUCUUAUCUUCCUCGCUUCCCGUUUUGAUAAUAGUGACCCAUCCUUCCCUUUAAUCCGAGAGUUUCUGCAGUCUUCUGGCGAAUAAAGCUUACUUAUUUUGUGCGCCUAAGUCUAGAACGCUGUUUGAACUCAUAAUUAAGCUUGGUCCUUCGAGAGGCGAUUAUUUCAGGACGGUGCCUUUUUUUGUUGGUGCACACACGUUCUGAUGGCUCCUCAGGAAACCCGGGUUUUCUAGGCUUUUUAGAUGUAGUUUAUUUUGUUUAGCCUGUAGAUUUACAGGAGUUACAUAACCAAAGGCAUGCCGCCUACGGUUAAAAAAAGACAAUAACGUAGGGUAAAGCAUGCUAAAUGGGCUAUUUGGACGAGAAUGGUUCACAUGAUUCUAUAAAAUUGCCAAAAAAAAGGCAAAGACAAGUUUCUUCGUAGUCGGUAGCGGGGAAACUGGCAAUGUCCAGAAUCUGUGCGCAGUAAAAAAAAAAAGGAAACACCCUCA